AUGAGUGACUCCUCUACGGGCGAAGAGCUCACGUACCACCCCAUCGAGGACGCUCGCAGCCUCCGCAGCCUCACCGACAGCGGCGACAGUGCCCCAGACAGCCUCGCCAACUCCAUGCAGCUCCUGGCCGUCCCCUCUGGCCAGACCAUGUCCGGCUUCGGUAGUCCCUCCUCCCUUCGAUCUCCCAACCUCAGUGCUCUCGACCAUCGCAGGUCUCUCCAGGACGACCCCACCUGGACUGCAGAAGACUCUGAGAAUGAUGGGGAUGUCGAGAGCAUCAUUACCACCUACUCUCAGCUCCCUGGUACCCUCGCCUUGCCGUCCUUCCAAGUCAACUUUCCGGAUGGAAAUACUCCCCGCCAGCUCACCAUGUUCGACCCCUCCAAGGACAGAGGCUUUGUCGUCCCUCGAGCCUCGCCUUCCGAUGACGACCCUGUCGACUACCAAGUGAUCCUCAGCAUCGACGAGUGGCACCAGAUUUAUGCGCUUUGGGACGAUCUCGCCUUUCCCAGAAGCAGGAUCAACGAGGACGGGCAAGAGGAGGACGAUGGGUUUGCUAGGCUGCGAGUCAUCUUCGAAAAGCAGGAGAAGGCUUGGCACCUCGAUGGCUCCUUGGAUCAGUUCAUGUUUGAGAUCAGAGCCAUGUUGUCGACCUUUGCUGGGAACAGAGACGACGAUGACAGUGACGUGUCUGUUUGUCUUUACCAUGGGAACCCUCUGGUUCUCACCGAGAAGAGCUUGGACGCCAACGUGACUGAGACAACCGAAGACUUUUCCAUCGUGUGCGAAGACAUCAAGCUCUCCGAGUGGUUCAAACGACUUUACAAUAGAGCGAGAGAGCAAGCAGCACCCGGCGAGUCCCUCAACCCCAUGAGGAUAUCUCUCCAUGUUGGAUGGCACAAGACGCAAACCGUCGAGGGAUUCGCAGCCAUGGAAGAGAGGGAGAAGGAGCGACAGACGAGACUGGGGUUGCCGGAGGGAAGGUUGGGAAACGAACUCGAUAUGGAUGCGGUGAGGAUGGCAAGGGAGAGCGUGGAAGAGGAGGAGAAGGAGAAGGAGCGGGUGGAGAAGGCGAGCAAGCAUAGGGUCAAUGGCGAUGAUGAAGAGGCCUGA